UUGAAAAAUUGAAGAACAAAAGUUAAGAAGUAAAAAUAAGAAAGAAAGAAAGAAAGAAAAAAAGGUGGUCGUCGAUGUAGAAUGAAUGAUACGAUACUUAGGUAGCCCAUCUCAUUUAGAAGGCAACAUUUCUCAGCGAACGUUCGUAGAAAGUGGUCAACCAAUGAGCUGAGAAGAAUACUGUAACUCCCUGUCGAAGAAGUGGGUUCUCUUUUAGUAUCGUGGCAAUACCGGUUCGAUUUAUCAUCUCUUUGCAGUGUCGUGCUAUCCGGUGUGUUAGUCACAUUGAUAGAUAAAAGAUUUUUCUUUUUUUUACCAAGGACUAUAAAUUGGUAACAACAAUACGGUAGAAGUAAUAACAAUUUUUUUUUGUUUUGUUUUGUUUUAUUUUAUUCGGUAAAACGGACAAUAUAUUUUCAAGUACAAAUACGAACGGACGAUCAAGAUCAGACAUCCCCUCAAAAAAGAAAAGAAGAAAUGUCUUUUCGACUUAAGACGCUUUUGUGCGUCAUUUUGAUCAUCAUUGUCACAGUACAAUGCCAAAAGAAUAAAAAGGAUGAGGAUAAAAAAGAUGAAGAAUUUACGUGUCCGGAAGGUCAGGGAAAUGGAAAUUUUGCGGAUCCUGCGACCUGUAGAAGAUUUUAUCAGUGUGUAGAUGGAUAUCCAUAUUUAAACAGGUGUCCUUCAGGAUUACACUUUGAUGAUAUCAGCAAAUUUUGUACCUUCAAAAAUGAAGCUCGUUGUGGUCCUAUUGCUGCAACUCCACCUCCGGUAACAGAUCCUCCAACGGAUCUUGCUGAAAGAUGUGACACAGCAAAUUGCCAACUUCCGUACUGUUUUUGUUCAAGAGAUGGUACGAUUAUACCUGGUGGCCUUCAACCGGAAGAAACACCACAAAUGAUAAUAAUAACAUUUGACGGAGCAAUAAAUCAUAAUAAUUUUGAUCAUUAUCAAAAGAUAUUUACACAAGAUCGAUUGAAUCCUAAUAAUUGUCCACUUAAAGGUACCUUUUUCAUUUCACACGAGUAUUGUAAUUAUAAUAUGGUACAAAGUUUAGCUCACGAUGGUCAUGAAAUAGCAACAGAAACAAUCUCGCUUCAAAAAGGAUUAGAAGAUAAAGGAUACGAAGAAUGGGUUGGUGAGAUGAUUGGAAUGCGAGAAAUUCUCAAACAUUUUAGUAACAUUUCAGCUAAUGAAAUAGUUGGUAUGAGAGGACCGUACUUGAAACCUGGUAGAAAUACACAAUACAAAGUAUUGGAAGAUUUUGGUUACAUAUAUGAUAGUAGUAUUGGAAUUUCACCGUUAAAAACACCAAUAUGGCCGUAUACUCUUGAUUACAAAAUACCCCAUGAAUGUAAAGCUGGUACCUGUCCUACUAAAUCAUUUCCAGGAGUAUGGGAAAUACCAUUAAAUGCUCAUUAUGUUGAAAGUUAUGAGGGUGGACAUUGUCCUUAUUUGGAUCAAUGUGUAUUACAUAAUCAUGAUCCUGAAGAAGUAUUCGAAUGGUUACAAGAAGAUUUCAACAGAUAUUAUGAACAAAAUAGAGCACCAUACAUGAUGCCUUUCCAUACAAAUUGGUUUCAAAUAAAAGAACUUGAAAGAGGACUUUCUAAAUUCCUUGAUUGGGCAGUAACAUUACCAGACGUUUAUUUUGUAACUGCCACACAAGCAUUAACUUGGAUAACUGAUCCAAAACCAGUUAAAUCUUUACAUAACUUUGAAGGUUGGUCAUGUAAGAAAAAAGAAAAUAUUCCUGGACCACCAUGUAAUAAUCCAAAUAAGUGUGCAUUGGACUUUAAACCACCAGAAUCCAAUUUCACUACAACUAGGUACUUGGAAACAUGUAGAGAAUGUCCAUAUAAAUAUCCAUGGUUGGGAGAUGCAAAAGGUACUGGAUUAUACAACGAUAAUUAUAAUCCUGAAAAGAAAUAAAUGACAAUUUCUAAAUGAAAAAUUAGGUGUAAUAUUAUGAUCGUCAAGUUAAGUUACAUUUUGUUUUAUUGUUAUCGUCAAAAUGGUUGCUACGUGUGAUAAAGUUCAUUGAUUUUAUUCGUUGGCAAAGAGAAUGUCUCUACAAAUUUUGUAAGAAUUACCUCUAUAAAUAUUAUAGUUUAUUACUCAAAGAAAUAUUAUUAUCAUAUAUA